AAUUCAAACCCUAAUUUCAUUUUUUUCCACCUACUAUUAAACUAAAAAUGCUUUAAAGCAAUUCCAGUUGGGUCUGUAAUCCCAGUCAUAUAGGUCAACCCAACCCAGAAACCUCAAGUAGCCACUGAACUGAGUCGGUGGGGGUCUUCGAUCUUCGUCAUCGCCGUCUACCCAUGGCUGGGACAUCUUGGUUGGUGGACAAGAAGAGAAUUGCAACAAAAAUCAGGAAUCCAUCUACUGAUCCUGGAAAAAUUAAAUGGCAAACCAAUCCAACUAAAGCUUGCCCUAACUGCCAAUAUGUGAUUGACAACAGUGAUGUUUCUCCAGAGUGGCCAGGAUUACCCAAGGGUGUGAAAUUCGAUCCAACUGAUCAAGAGAUUAUAUGGCACUUGCUUGCAAAAUCUGGUGCAGGGGAUAUGAGACCCCAUCCCUUCAUAGAUGCAUUUAUCACAGAUUUUGAGGUUGAGGACGGAGUCUUAUGUUCCCAUCCAAAGAAGCUACCUGGUAUCAAGCAAGAUGGAAGUGUAUCCCACUUCUUUCAUGUAGCAAUUAAGGCUUACAACACCGGAACUCGAAAGCGUCGAAAAAUACAUGAUGAUGAUUAUGGUGAUAUCCGCUGGCACAAGACUGGAAGGACUAAACCAGUGAUCUUGGAUGGGGUUCAGAGAGGGUGCAAGAAGAUUAUGGUUCUGUAUACAAGCACGGCUAAAGGAGGGAAAGCUGAGAAAACCAAUUGGGUCAUGCAUCAAUAUCACCUGGGAACGGAUGAAGAUGAGAAGGAUGGGGAAUAUGUAGUUUCUAAAAUAUAUUACCAGCAACAGCAAGUCAAGCAAGCUGAUAAAACUGAUCAAAAUUCUCCUGAAAGUAGUGACCCUGUAAUUCAAUCUGAUCCAUUUACUCCCAAGUCGGUGAUUCCUGAACCUGUAAGCCCUGCUUUUAAUUUGGUAGUAGAUAUUCCUGCUGCUUGCACAGAACCCAAGUCAGUAACUCCUGAACCUCCGCGCCCGGAAAGGAGACAUUCUAAUGUUGGUUUGGGGGAAGAUACUCAUGUUUCUUUCACAGAUCCCUUUCUUCAGAUGCAAUUGAAUCAUCAUGAUAUGGACUAUUUUGAAGAUGAAGUUCCUCAUCAAUACGAAAUGCAUGCCUGUCAUGAUCAACACAUCAUAGAGAUUCUGAAUGACCAAGCAAUGAACAAUGAUGUAAACCAUACUCAGGAAGAUCCAAAGUGGUGGGACAGUGAGUCGCAGAAUCUUCUGGAUUCACAACAACUUGUGGAAGGCUUGUCUUUGUGUGAUGAUCUCCUUCAGAGCCAAUCUCCAACUGGGGGUGUUCAUGCAAAUGGUGAACCAGCACAGACCAAACCCUGUCUUGCUGAUUAUGCCAAACUGGGACCAGAGGACUUAAAGAAGGAUCUGGAGGAAUGCCAGAAUAUUAUCAUUGAUCCUCCUAAUAUGGAACUUGGAACACCUCCUGAUUUCCGACUUAGCCAGAUCGAAUUUGAAUCACAGGACAGUAUCCUUGCUUGGGGUGGUAAACUGCCCGAGUGACUAUGGUUGCACUAGUAGCGAGUGUCUUUUGAGCAAAGCAUGCCUGACAAUCUUCUCUGCGGAGUGUCCAUCUCUAACCCUUUUGAGUACAGCUUGAACAACUGAAAUCUGGUGGUAAAGCACCACCUUUUUUUGUAGACUUAAAGCACGAAUAUUUGGUGUUCAAGCACCGAUCCAACUUGCUCUUUUGCCCCCUUUGCGCUUCAAAGUAACAUUCAGUUGGGUUUCCUUGCAAGUUGUUUUCUAAAGUUGGGCAACUCAGAUGUGUAUUCUUAUCUUAAUGAUCGGGCUUAAUAGAUGCUUUUGGUGAAG